AUUUAUGGAGACGGCCACAGCUCGCGCUUUUCUGGUCACCAGCUGUGAGGUGUGUGUGUGGUCUAAUAAUAAACCAUCUCUCUAGACGUCCAAACUACCCAGUGGGAUCAGGAUAUAAAGGUCAGAGGUGGUUAAGUCCUCACGCAGUCGAAACCAAAACACUGUAUUGAGAUUAUUAUGCAUGCACAAUAAAAACACCAAUUUUGGGGACUCGGUCGACAAUAUCAGCGAUCAAAGAUGUAGCCACAGAGACGAGCAGAUUUGCGUGGCACGACGUGAGAUUCUACACAUCCGAGUCUGCAGCUGGUCUCAGUAUGUUCAUUUGCCUCCGUUUUUAUUCGCUGUCGUGAAAAAUGUCGUUGUUUGGCAGCAAGUCUCCUGGGAAGCUGGAAGUGGCAGUGCAGUUCACCGGCGGGCUGAGGGAAGUGUUGCGGCCUUCCAGGACCCUCCGCCUGCAGCAUGUCUACGACCCUCAGGCCCCUCACAGGAGCCCGGUGGCGAUCCGGCCCCCGAGCCCCCGCACGGCUCCUCCGAGGGAGAGGACCGCCCGCCGGAGUUUCUCUUGCGAGCCUGAGCCCCGGCCCAUUAUGAGGAGGAGAGCCCGUUCCCUGCCCUCCUCCGCCGAGCGGCAGGCCCGCGGCAGCCCGCGCGUCCGCUUCGUGGACUCCCUCGGCUUGGAGCUGGAGUGCGUGAAGCUUUUUGAGGCUGGUGAGGACCCGGCGGUCCCGGUUCACGUCAUGAGCAGGCUCCUGGCUAGCUCGGAGCUCGCCACUGGGAAGAGCCUAGAGCUGACCUUGCCUUACUUCCAGCCGUCCUUCCCGGGGAACAUGGCAGGCGCGCCCGGCUUCCUGCGGCGACUGUGCCGUCAGCGCGUGUGUCUCGAGACCAUCCACUGCUCGGAGCUGGGCAUCGCUGGCACAGUCCAGGUGCUGAACCAGGCCUUCGAGAAGCAGGUCACGGUGCAUUACUCGUUCACAGACUGGAAGAGCGCCAGCGAUUCCAAAGCCAGCUGGGUGUCCACCGUGCACAGGGACGGAGCUGAGCCGGAAUCGGAUGUUUUUCGUUUUCGUUUGCCCGUGCCCCCAUUCAUCCUCCAACCCAACGUCACCCUGCAGUUCGCCAUCUGCUUCCAGGUUCUUGGAGAGGAAUUUUGGGACAAUAACGAUGGACACAAUUACAAACUAGCCUGCCACACCUACAAGCUCAUUGUGCCCAAAGAAUGUGAGGCAAGCAUGGUGCACUUCACCUAAACCAUCACAAGGGGGUGCUGUGAGCAACAACAGCGUCAACAAAUAUUAACUCCUUCAGGAAGAAAAACAUUUCUGUAAAAAAUGAAUAAAAUCCUAGUUCAUAACUUAA